AUGGUAUCCCUACCACGAUUCGCUGCGGCUACCACCUCGGCCGCGAUUCGCGUGUUCGGCUUCAUCCUACUGAGAUGGGUAUGGGUCAUUACCUCAACACUUACAUAUUUCAAAUGUUGGCCUAUUAACCUUCCAAAACAGAUUCCUGGAUGGCCAUUCGCCCCAAUUGUAGUCACAUCGUUAGUGAUUUACCUUUCGUCGGUCUCAUCACUAAGUCAGGAUACCCGCCUUGUUGUCGAUCGCGCCGACAAGCGCGGCAAGGCUUCCACCAAGCGCACCCGUGACUCCAGUGCGCCUGAACCCAGUGAUUCCGCUCUAAAGACCCUUCUCACGGGUCUUCCGUCUAAACGGUCACCAUUCUGGACUCGAGUGACAGCCCUGAUCAAUGUGAUUGUGGCUGUCUUGGCGCUUGACUUCUUGCUCAGAGGACUGGUGGUCUAUCCUAGUGCCGAUGCUGCGUUCUCUAGAAUUGGCUAUGUGUCGCCAACAACAGCUAACUUGGUCUUUCGAGAGCCCGACACGGCUCAACUGCCCAUCGUAAUUUCUUACCAAGAGGUGUCCCAGAACCCAGGCAAAUGGACCCAAGAAGGCACAGUCUACAAGCUAGACAAUACGACCGAUUUUGUGGCCAGCGUUAAACUGAAGAAUCUUAAUCCUGGAACCCACUACAGAUAUGCGCUGUCGAACAACAAGACAGGCAAUUUUGUGACGUCGCCGCGACCAGGAUCCAAAGAAGCAAGCCGGAUGUCCUUCGUCACAUCAAGCUGUUUAAAGCCCAACUUUCCAUACAACGUCUUAUCUCACCCACUUCGUGUCCCAGGAAUAGAGCAAAUGACCGAAGCCCUCGCCAAACUACCAGCUUUGCUUAAGCCUUCUUUCAUGCUCUUUCUCGGCGACUUCAUCUACAUCGAUGUACCACUCCGGUUCGGCUCAUCUAUAGAUCACUAUAGAAGUGAGUACAGACGCAUCUAUUCAUCGCCUUCAUGGAAAUACAGCUCAGAUGAUAACACCGCAAUUGAUCUGCCUUGGAUCCACACGUUGGACGACCACGAAAUUGAAAACGAUUGGUCAAAGGGCAACAAGACUGCUCCCUACCCAGCAGCAUCUGACCCUUUUAUCCAUUACCAUGUUAAUGCGAACCCGCCUGUACCAGCGAAACCAUUCGCACAUCCAGACGAUGUCACAUAUUUCUCGUUCGUGAACGGCCCGGCUUCAUUCUUCAUGCUUGAUAGCCGUACAUACCGCUCUGAGCCAGGCCAGGAUGAUGCAACCAUACUCGGCUAUGCGCAACUCCAGUCUCUUCUGGAUUAUCUCACCACCCCCGAGCCAGCCGGGGUGUAUUGGAAGAUUAUAUCUUCCAGUGUCCCAUUUACUAAGAACUGGAAGGUCGGAACAACAGAUACAUGGGGCGGAUUCUUGAAGGAACGACGCACCGUCCUCGAAGCCAUGUGGCGCGCCGAACGUGAGCUCGGAGUCAGAAUUGUCUUGUUAAGUGGUGAUCGCCAUGAGUUUGCUGCUACGCGCUUCCCUGACCCUGAACUAAGAUUGCCAUCUGAGCAGUUCCAGCCUAAUACUGCUGGAACCGGAGUGCAUGAGUUCAGCGUUGGGCCGCUGAGCAUGUUUUACCUUCCCGUUCGGACGUAUCGUCAGACCGAUAACGAAGAUGUGACGCUGAAAUAUGCGCCGGAUGGGAACAGCAAAUUUGGACUCAUCAAUAUUGCUGAGAUUGCUGAUGAGUCGGGCACUUUGGGCCGCAGCUCUGUCCUAACGUACUCGCUUUACGUGGAUGGCAAGCUGGUAUGGAGGUAUGAGCUUAGUGUCCCUAUUGGGGGGAAGACUGGGAUUGAAACCCUUCUACCUGGUCGUGUGUUGGAGGAUAGCUUAUGGCCAGAAACGUGGGAUGUCCCUCUGAAGGCCGUGGCUGGUAAAUUGCCAGAUUUUGGAGGCUUCGUGGUUAAGAAAGCAACUGCGAUCAUUGAAGAGACUUUGGACCGGUUCCAAGGAACAGCAAAGAUUGAGUAA